AUGCUUCACCUGCGAGCCACUCUCCUUGUGGUGUUCACUUUCUUCACCCACCAACAGUCUGUGCUGGGAGGUACGGGAACGAUGGACGACUGGAUUAGGCUGACUAACACACUGUUCUCCAACUACACAAGGGAGAUCUACCCCGUUUAUAACUACAGUAGUGAUACACUUCCAGUAGAUGCGUCAAUGUUCCUACUUUCGAUUCUUGACUUUGACGAAGUUUCUGGAGUCAUUACCAUAAGCGCUGGCAUGACCUUGCUUUGGAACGACUACCGUUUGCGAUGGUCAACAAGUGACUACGGAGGAAUUGAGCAUAUACAAGUAAAUGCCUCGAAAGUUUGGAAACCAAAAGCUUAUGUGAUCACCGCUGCCGAUGACUUAAGCAAAUUUGGAAGUGAUGAAUUUGACGUGACACUUUCCUCUAACGGCCUGUGCGCCUUUAGUCCAGGAAAGCUGUUGAAGUCGACUUGCUCCGUGGAUAUGUCUAAGUUUCCGGCUGACACUCAGAUAUGCAGCAUCCGGGUACUUCUUUGGACAUCCUUUCCUGAAGUCGUACUCACAUAUACAAGUACUGUUCUAGAUACGACCUAUUAUACACCAAAUGGAGAAUGGAAUAUCGAUGGAACUUCUGUGUCCUAUUACAUGGGGUUCGGGUCUCCCUCGACAACGCUUGACUUCACCCUGCACAUAUCCCGGAAGUAUCUGUACUUUAUCGUAUCUCUGACCAUACCGAUCUUGCUUUUAUGCUUCCUCCUUCCGUUUGCGUUCCUCCUGCCAGCCCCUUCGGGUGAGCGGAUAUCCUACACUAUCACAAUGUUUUUGUCGCUGGCUGUCUAUAUGACACUAAUAAGCGACAAUCUUCCGAAAGUGUCAGAAAACAUGGCAGGGAUGUCCUACUUUCUUCUUUUUUCAUUGUUCUACAGCAGUGUGUUGAUCGUGUUGACGAUAUUUACACUUCGCUGUGACGCUAUGGUAGACGUCCGAGAGUUUCCGAGGUGGCUAAGGCGCUUCACGUGCUACUGGUAUAAACUGAAAACUAACAAGAUAACCAGCAAUGAAAGGUCGCUAAAAAUUCCGGAACUGAGAGAAAAGGAGGUACCGGAAGUAGAAAAUAACAUCGAUGUUGAAUUGGAUUUCGUAGAUGUUUCACACAGAGAUGUGAUAAGAAUCAUUGACAUAUCUCUGUUUGGAAUUUCAUUCCUGGUAAUCGUUACAGUUACCCUUUGGUUUCUCUGCUCUCAUUAUACUUAG